GGUCGCCGCCGCCGCCGCCGCUGCCCCGUGGCGGAGCAGCGCACCGGGCCGGGCCGGGCCUCGCCGGAGCUGGAGCUGGUACCGGUACCGGUCUUGCCGCCGCGGCCGCGCCCUCCGCCGCUGCUGGGGGAGGCGGUGCCCGCGCCGCGCCCCCGCGCCCAGCCCGCCCCCGGCAGCAGGAGUAGCGGCAGCCUCAGCACCUCCGGCAGCACCAUGGAUCUCUCCUUCAUGGCCGCGCAGCUUCCGGUUAUGGGAGGAGCCUUUAUGGACUCACCCAACGAGGACUUUAGUACAGAGUACUCCUUGUUUAAUUCAUCAGCCAACGUCCAUGCAGCUUCUUCCAUGCAGAAUCCACCAGAAGAGACGUCCCGUUCUUCAAAUGAUGCCAUAUUGUUAUGGAUUGCAAUAAUAGCAACAAUUGGAAAUAUUGUGGUUGUGGGAGUGGUGUAUGCCUUCACCUUCUAGGAUGACUGUCCCUACAAACACUGGAAGAGAGGAUAACUGCAACAGUAUUUGUCAUGUGUAUGUAUGUGUGUAUAUAUACAUGUAUAUCUAUAUAAAUACAUAUAGGUAGGGACUUUGUUGAUUAAGUGCUGCCACCAUCAUGGAAAUUAAAUGCAAGUUAAUCAUCUUGAAACUUGAUGGCAGAAAGUUUGGAUGCAAUUGCAAAUUGUAUGGAGGUGAGUUUUAGCUGAGAACAGAGCCAAUACUAGUUUUGUAUAGAAAUGUAAUAAAAGAGAGACCAACGUGGGUAUAGUAAAUACAAAGAGAAAGUGAGAUUUAUAUGGAAAGUUCUUAUUUUCUACUGUUUAGAUUUUUCUAGCAGCUCUUCUGCAUUUUAUCAGCUUUUCUGUGCAUUUUUUACUGUGCUAUAGUGUUGUAUGAAAUUGUUCUAUGUCAUGUUUGCUGCACGUCUUAAUUUUCCAGAUGGACUAAGUGGUUAACACUGGCUCAGUUUUGAUGAAGUGCGAGUUCAUCGUGUGUGAGUCUUCAGCACGUGUUCAAAAUCAGGAGUCUUCAAGCUAUAACAGGCAGAUCCAUCCUAUCUCACACCUGGCUUCCAGUAUUAAUUGCUGGAUCUGAUAGUCUAUGAAUUGCUGCUAAACCUGUCUGCCGUUUGCAGGAGGAGGCACAGCUAUAGCAAGGUGUGGCUGGUCUACACGCCUUCUGCAUUCCAGAGGAGGACAUAUUAAACAGCAGCAGCACAGACUCCCAUUCCUGUCCAUAGGUGCUGGAUUGCAGUGGUUUGUAGACGUGUCUCUUCCAGGAAACAAAGGCCAAAUGCCAUGCUUUGCAGGUCAUUUAGCUGCAAUCCAGAUUUCCCACAGCAGCCAUGUACUUUCAUAAGCUUAUUGGUGUAUCAAAAGAAUGUGGGGAAGUUGUGAAGCCUAAUUAACAGGGAAUGAUAUCUAUGAGAAGAAUAGAAUUGAAAGAUUGAACACUUCUGUGCUCGUGAGGGAGUGAGUGCAAGAGUCAGGUAUGUCCUGGGGUAGAGACGGCACAAAAAAGGUAGUAAGUGACACAUAUGCAAGUGCUUACAUUUCAGUAUUAUUACGUCUCUGCAUUCUGAUGAGGCUCCUGGAAGUGAUUUUUAUAGAGCCUGCUUUAGGUGCCAACUCUGAUGAUCACUUGGGUAUGUUCUGUUGAGGUACAACAUUUUCACUGCACUGUUCCCAUGAGCAGUUCCUUUUCAAGAGCUGUAUCUUUUAAAAAUAACUGUAGCCUUCCUUGCUUCAGAGGUUAUAAAAUCACGAGGGAAGGGGAAAAAAAAACAUCACCUCUGUUGUAAAUCUCCCUCUUCCUCCUUAAAAAAUAAACACAAAUAUAUAUAAUGUCUGCAUUUUGAGAGCAGCAGGCAAACUCUCUAUGUCUGCAUGUACUGUACAGGUUUUCUGUCUCAUACAGCUACUACCCUAAUUCCAGAAAGCCUUAGCUGCAGGCACAGAGACUAUUUUUGACACUUGCCUGCCACUGAGCUUGAGGCUGGACUAAGAGCUACUGAACGUACAGAGAGGUUUGGAUUUUCUUCUUUUCUCUUUAAACCCAUUUUCCUGCAGAGGUGGUAGGCAGUUAUUUGAAUCAGAACAGCAUACCCCAAAUCAGUAUUUAUAACCACACAGUAGUCACUGAGGUUUGUUUUUUUUUUUUUUUUCCCUCUCUAUGAACUGGCCUUUAAAGCUGGGAAAGAUGCAAACAGAGCUAUCAGGGGGGAGAAAAGAAACUUAGUUAUUCUGAGGAUGAGAAAAACAACGACAACUCACUUGAGGAACUGAGCUUCUGCAUGUGAAGUUAUUUCCCUGCUGGGGGAAGGAUUUUGUGAAGGUGGUUGAGGGCAGAUGAGAUCUGUGCUGGGAAAAAGUUUGAAAAGCCCAGUUCUGGAAGAUCAGCGGGACAGAAAGCAAAUUCUGUCUAAUAAAAUAGCUGUAGUUUUAAGAAUGAUACAAAAAUGAUGAUUUUUCACUGUCCUGAAAUAGCUAUUCAUUCCUUCAUAGGCAGAGGAUAAUAAAAAAAGGGGGAGCUGCAAAAA